ACACCCGAUAGAAUAUUAUAUGAGCUAUUGCUGACUUGGAAUCAGAAUCAGGUAAUCAUUCUACCAGACUAACUUUGGCAUACAUUACUGUACUCACCAGAAUGCAAGUAUCUAUGAGCCUUGUUGCUUCAGUAAUACAUGAACUUCCAUGCCAUGGUCAUGUUUUAGAUGCUAUUGAAAAGAAAAGGGAGCCAUUCAUGUUUAAUGUAUUGGCAAUCUUAAAAUGAACACAUUUUGGAGAUGACUAAAUUCAAAGACAGGCAGGCAAAACCAGUGAUGCAACACCCUUUUGGAGUGUUUGAGUAUUAAUUAGUGACACAUUUCAGACAGAGGGUAAAUAUUCACAGAAAGAGGAUGUAUAAACAGGCAGAGGCAGAGAGAGAGAAACAAAGAGUGACGGAGACCACUGUCCGUCUGCCCCACUCACCAAGUCAUCGCUGGCAUCAGAGGAAGACCUCACACACUCCGUGGGCAACUUGUGGCACCUGUGCUGGACUCCUCUUCAGACCCCAGGAUCAUGCAUGGGCCAAGCAAGGGAUGGGAUGUGAGAGGUGUGUUGAGGAAGAACUGGCUGCUGAUCGCUACUGUUGUGUCAGUGCCACUGGGCGUCGGGCUGGGUGUGGUGCUCCGUGAUCACGGCUCUCUCUCCCAGCUGGAGAAGUCUUACCUGGGCUUCCCUGGCGAGCUCCUGAUGAGGAUGCUGAAGCUCAUCAUCCUGCCUCUCAUCGCCUCUAGCAUCAUCACAGGCAUGGCAUCCUUGGAAUCCGAGGUGUCGGGACGCAUUGGGUUGCGUGCCGUGGUGUACUACUUCACCACUACAGCCAUAGCUGUGGUCCUGGGAAUCGUUCUUGUGAUCGCCAUAAAGCCUGGAGGAUCAGUGAAUGCUGGUGACAUUGACCGGUUUGGGACAUCACAGAAUGUGUCGAUGGUGGACGCCAUGUUGGAUCUAGUCAGGAACAUGUUCCCUGAAAACCUUGUACAGGCCUGCUUUCAACAGUACAAGACUAAACGUGAAGAAAUUGUCCCAACCUCAGGAGUUAUGAAUACAACCUCUUUCCUGUCUCUGUUUCACACAAGCUCUCCACAAGUGGACACCCAAAGAGACUACGCUAUUGUGGGAUCUUACUUGGAUGGGAUCAACAUCCUGGGCCUGAUCGUCUUUUGCUUGGUGUUCGGUUCUGUCAUCGGAAAGAUGGGUGAGCGAGGGCGCCUCCUAGUGGACUUCUUUGACGCCUUAAAUGAGGCGACUAUGAGGGUGGUGCAGAUCAUUAUGUGUUACAUGCCCAUCGGAAUACUGUUUCUGAUCGCUGCUAAAAUCAUUGCAGUUGAUGACUGGAGCAUUUUCUCAAAGCUGGGCCUCUACAUGGCCACAGUGCUUAGUGGACUAGCCAUUCAUGCCCUGCUGGUCCUGCCUCUCCUCUAUUUGGUUGUGGUGAGGAAGAAUCCAUAUGUGUUUGCCUGGGGAAUAGCUCAGGCCCUGCUCACUGCACUCAUGAUCUCCUCUAGUUCAGCCACACUGCCGGUGACAUUUCAGUGUGUGGAGGAGAACAACGGGGUGGACAAGCGCAUCACUCGCUUCAUGCUGCCAGUAGGAGCCACUAUCAACAUGGAUGGCACCGCCCUGUAUGAGGCCGUGGCAGCCAUCUUCAUUGCCCAACUCAAUAAUUACCCUCUGGGCAUUGGGCAGAUCAUCACUAUUAGCAUCACAGCAACAGCAGCUAGCAUUGGUGCUGCAGGGGUUCCUAAUGCUGGUCUGGUUACCAUGGUGAUCGUUUUGACAGCUGUGGGCCUACCUGCCAACGAUGUUACUCUAAUCAUUGCUGUUGACUGGCUCCUGGACCGUUUCCGCACUGUGAUCAAUGUUCUAGGAGAUGCUUAUGGUGCUGGGAUUGUGGAGAAGCUGUCUGAAGCAGAACUAGGCAGGACAUCGUCCCCGUCAGCUGCUUACCCUGAGCACUGCCAUGAUCCCUCAGGAGUGCACACUGAUGAGGUGUGGGAGAAACCAGGACAGCCUAACGAAGGGCUCACCGUUGCCAAGGGGGACGGAGGACCGUGUGGCACUAAAAUGUAG